AUGCAGAUCGAGCACCCACUCCAAGUGGACCUGCUCAUUCUCGGAGCCGGCUGGACGUCUGGGUUCCUUUUCCCACUGCUCCGGCGAAAGGGUCUUGUGUAUGCUGCCACCACAACAUCUGGACGCGAUGAAACCAUCCCUUUCAAAUAUGACCCGAGCUCGGACGACCCGUCGCCAUUCCGUCGUCUUCCUUCGGCGACCACUGUUCUCAUCACCUUCCCGCUCAGAGGGAAAGGGCCAUCAAGUCAUUUGACGAGGCUCUACACGGAGACUCACAGGGACAUCUCGGCGACAACCCCGCGCUUCAUACAGUUCGGAUCGACCGGCAUCUGGAACACGCCAUCCUGGAACGAUUCUUCUUCUCCCUACGACGAGACGAACCCUCGUGCCGUUGCCGAGGACGAGCUACUUGCUGUCUCGGAUGCCGUGGUGCUCAAUCUCGCCGGGCUCUACGGCGGCACACGCCAGCCUCGGAACUGGGUCGACAGGGUGGCCAAAACAAAGGCAGAGCUCAAGGCAAAAGGGGCGCUGCACCUAAUCCACGGCGAUGAUGUGGCCAGGGCUGUUGUUGCAGCUCACGAGAAUUUUGAAAAAGUCAAGGGUCAGAGGUGGCUGCUGUCUGACUUGCAUGUAUACGAUUGGUGGGACUUGGUUUUGGCUUGGGCGGUCGACACUCUCCAAGCAGCAGAGGAUGACAGUAUCGAAGAUCAGAAGUCACAAACCGUAAUGGCCAGGCAGGCGGAACUGAAGGACUGGGUUGUCGAGUUGAUGCAUGAAGAGGGAGUUCGUGCCCUUCCUCGGGAUACGCCACUGCUUGGCAGAGUCCUGGAUGGAAGGGGCUUUUGGGAAGCUCUGUCACUCAUACCAAUGCAUGUACUACGCGUUCCCGGCGGCAGAUGA